AUGGGGAGGAGCGUGGAUCGCACUACAUUUCCCUGCGUGCUUUGCGCUCAAGCCCGAAGCUUCCACUGCGCUGGCUCAGGCCUUCUGACACUGACAACCAAUCCAACCAAUGGAUGUGGGGAAGGAAAAAAGCUAGGACUAAUCACAAUAGAGAAGAUGGGAAUGGGUAAAGUGGGGCCUCCCUGUUCCCUCCUCUUCGGUGGUUCUGUGAUGGCGUAUGCCCAAAACUAUUCCCCAUCUCCAACCAUUUCUCCAGAACGGAAAAAUCUAUGUGUUCCUGAUGGAGCUCUGUUCACUGGGAAGUUUGAUGUCAUCACAAAGCCCAUUUUGUCUCUUCAACCUCCAUGGACCACUGUCUUCUCUAAGGAGAAAGUAAAAUUGACAUGUGAGCAACUGAAUCUCACAGGAUUAAGUGACAUCAUAUGGUACAGAAAUGGGGAAAAGUUCUACCAAAGUUCUAGAAAUUCCAUUGUGAUCUGGAAAAGUGGACAAUACAGCUGUGGGAGUCAGGGUUAUGCCCCUAGUGACCCUGUGGCCAUCACCUUCUCUAAUGACUGGUUGAUCCUCCAGGUUCCUUACUCUGUCUUUGAAGGAGAUGCUGUGAUUUUGCAGUGCCAAGGUUGGAAGAAAGCUAAACUCUCCCAGGUUACAUUUCACAAAGAGAGAAAAUUCAUUCACUUCACUAAGGAAAAUAAUUCUCUGCCCAUCAAAUCAGCAAGGAUAGAGCACAGUGGCCUGUACAGUUGUAGUGGGUAUGUAAAUCAUCAAAAAAACAACCAAAGCUCUACACCUGCCAUCCUUCAAGUCCAAGAAACUAUGGCUCAGUUUCCCCAGCAUUUCUAUCUCUUAACUCCCAGAACCUCCUCCAUCCACCAAUUCUCCUUGACCCUAAAAUCAACUCUUCCCCCAGAGCUGUUUCCUCCACCUGAGCUGAGAAUCAAAAAUUCCACUGAAACCAUGGAGGGGAACCUAAUGGCCUUGAGCUGUGAGACCCAACUACCUCUGCAGAGAUCAUCUUCCCAGCUCUACUUCUCCUUCUUUAAGGAUAAUAAGACCAUAAGAGACAGAGAUCAGUCCCCAGAAUAUUGUAUCCCAGGAACUAUAAUAGGAGAUGCUGGAUUGUACUGGUGUGAGGCAGCCACCGAGGACGGCCAAGUUAAGAAACAGAGCCUUGGGCUGGAAAUUCAAGUCCCCAGAGGGUCCAGGAACAGCCAGCUGGUCCUGCAGAUAACUCUGACCUUGCUAGGUGUGACUGGCAUCUCUACAGUCCUUCUGUUUUGUUUCAGGUUCAUGAAGAAAUCAGGAGAGUUGGGCUCCUCUAGAAUCGUUUAUGUCACCACCAUGUCAGAAGUCUUCUCAAACUGCUUUUCCUACAUUGCUCCUCUUGGCUCCCCUCAUACACUCUACAUUCUAAAUACAGUGGACCAGGAGUCACUCCCUGAUCUCAUCCUGCCCUGUCCCUGCUUAGCACAUUAA